CUGGGCCACCGACGACGACCUUAGACAUACAACAAAAUGUCCACCGAUCUCGAAUGGCUUCUCCUCCGCGGUGGCAACUCUUUCGUCGUUAAGCGUGUGCCGGAGGGUCCGAUAUUUUCAAAGGAGCCGGGCAAUUUGCUGAACCUGCACUCGCACAAGUACUCCGGGUUGGCUAACUCGAAGACCCUCCACGUUUUUGAUAACAACUCUACGGUCACCAUCGUGCACCGCAAGAAGAGCGCAAGCAGGCACCAGGUCAAGCCUGGUUUCGCUACCUCCACUAUCCGUAGCCGUUCGGGUCCUCGCCGCGCUACUGGUGUUGCUGCAAGCUACGCGAAGCGCGGCUACAGGCCUGACCUUCGUACAGCCGCUGUCGCCCGCGUUUCGGCUCUGCUGUCCGCGCAGAAGGAACCCAAGCCCACACCGCCUAAGAAGGUUCGGGGGAAGAAGAAAAAUGCUGCUACCGCAUGAGCUUGCGUAGCUGCCCUCCAUGUAUGAUACAUAUGUGCAUGAUUAUGAUCCGCUAUCUUCG